AUGUACUGCCAAGAGUGCCGUACGCCUCUCAAGCUCGACGGUUCCCUUGAGGAUCUGAACCCGGCUGCCUUCGAUCUUCUCAUAGGUUCGACUGGCAAGUCAUUGCCCGACCCUUCCAGCAAAUCUGCUGCGCGCCCGACCUUCCCUCCUGAGCGACAGCAGCUCUACGACAAGGCUUCUCGGCGAGCGACGACCCCUGUUUACAAAAGAACAGUCCCUGCCCCUCGGUAUAGCUCAGGGAGUUUGCUCGGACAGUCCCGAGCAGGUGUGAGAGAUGGACCCGGCAUGUCGUUUGUGAUGCUGAGUGAAUCUCAGGUGGUUCCUGCACAUGCUGCUCCGACUGUAAAUGGUGAUGGCCGUCGAGCAUCAAAGGGUGGCUCGCCGAUCGUAUCUGAACCCCAACUGGGGGCGCAUGAGGGCCAGUCAUACUCCGAUCAGGUUGAAAAAUCUGCUCGUCUUUUCGAGAUCAUAUCUGCUCGUUCCGAUAUUGAUCACCCAAUAUGCACUGAAUGCACCGAUAUGCUUAUCGAAGGGCUUCAAAAACGGUUGCAAACAGGGACAAAGGAACGUGAUGCAUAUAUAUCCUUUCUAAAAAAUUUAAAUAACUCUAUUCCUGCCCCAGAAGAAGUACAGGCUGCGGAAGAUGAACUCAAAGCAACACUGCAAGCCGAGGAAGAUGCAUUUCAAGAACUUUUAGCCCUAGAGAAGGAGAAGGCUCAGGUUGAUAUAGAUAUUGCUGAGCUAGAGGAGCAGUCCCGUCAGCUUGACCUGGAAGAAGAACAAUUCUGGAGUGACCGAAACGCAUUUGCCUUGACCCUCUCUGAGUUCCAGAAUGAACGGGAUGCUUUGAAUAUGAAGUAUGAUCACGAUUCUCGGCGACUUGAGCGACUUCAGCGGACAAACGUAUACAACGACACUUUUUGCAUAGGGCACGAUGGGUAUUUUGGCACCAUUAAUGGAUUGCGCCUUGGCCGUCUCGCAAACCCAUCUGUUGAGUGGUCCGAGAUAAAUGCUGCCUGGGGCCAAACCCUCCUUCUUCUGGCUGCUGUCGCCGACAAACUAGGCUUCCAAUUCCAAGGAUACAGAUUAAAACCUUUGGGCUCUACUUCGAGGAUCGAAAAGAUAGAGUACCCACAGCAGUCGCCAAAUACCAACACAUCUCACAGAGGCACACCAACAGCAAAUCAUCCCGAUGCGCUUCCACCGCCAAAGAUUACGUCCCUCGAUCUCUACUCCUCGGGUGAUCUCCCUUUACACCUCCCAUGGAUCCACCGCCGUUUUGAUGCUGGUAUGGUUGCCUUUCUUGAAUGUCUACGGCAGCUAGGAGAACACGUGGAGAACACGCCUAUUUCCCUACGCUCCCAUUCCCCAUCCUCUCACCGGCAUCCCAGAUCGGGGGAGCGUCCGCCAGCCACACGUACCCUCCAGGCACAGGUUCUAGGCCUUAAGCUACCCUACGAGAUCAAACGGGAUAAAAUUGGAGACGCCAGCAUCAAGUUAGGUUUCAACCAAAAUGAUGAAACGUGGACGCGCGCCUGCAAGUACACACUUACAUGUUGCAAAUUCCUCUUGGCCCAUACGAGCAAUGUUACAAGUACAGGCUCUAGCAGUGCUCCUGUCCCAGCUACGACUUCAAUUGUUCUGGGUCGUUGA